AUGCAGGCACAGCUGGCGUGUAUGCUUCUCCUCUGUUUCACGUGUGGUGGGCUUUGCACAGACGUUGACCAGGAGCAGCGAGCACUAGAAGAGGAGCUGCUCAGCGGUCUCUUCACUUCUAAGAUGAAACAGAAUAAGCAGAGUGCCCCCUACUGGCGCAUUUCGCUGGCCAACCUGUGCAGGAUGGUGGGCAGCCUGCGGCAGGACACGUGGAGCGGUGAAGAGCAGGAGGAUGGCGAGCUGAGGGAGGGGAGCCUCCAGCUGCUGGAGGAGCUGUACAACCUGCAACACAUCUGCCGAGCGCUGCAGAGCCGGGAGGAGAGGCUACUUCACGACUCUCUAGAAUAUUUAGAGGAGAACAGUGACACUCCGCUGAAACGAAAAUCACCCUAUAUCCUGAAGAGGCAAGCGGCACACACCACUAAGUCCCGGAGGCCAUACAUCUUAAAACGAAGUGCAAUUUACUGA